GACGCUAGACGCGGCAUAUUUCUUUCAGUUUGUGUGCAUGUCAUUCGGCGCGUUCCUUUCACUGGAGAAGCUUCGUACAUCUUGAUGCUGUAGUACAGCCACUAGUCUCCAGUAGAAGUGCGAUAUGUCGCGCGAAGCGGACGAAGAGGAUAUUUUGCGCAAAUAUGUAACAGAUCUGCAUAAGGACGAGCGCCAAUACUGUGGGUAUCUCGAUGUGGAACUUUUCAAUCAUCUGCAACAGGAUCUGCUCACCAUCGGAGUCUCAUUCGUGACCGAAUCGUCGCAGUACAAACGCGAAAGUGAAAAAAGCAAACUUGCCUUCUCAAUGAAUCGUGGUUCAGUGCCAAUUUCCCUGGACACUCCUUUUCGUGUUCUCUCUGUGGUAGAAAAGGGUUGCCUCUUUGGUGAAAACAGGCACAAUUCAAUGGAACAAUCUCCUAGUCAACCCGGCCUGUGUACAGACUGGACACCCAGUACUUACAAACAACAUAAGCAAAAGCUUCAGGGAACAAAAAAGAAGGGGUGUUCUGCCAAGAUGCACCUGAAGACAAUUGAAUUGUUUCCUGAUUUUCAGGUAAAUAUCACAGCACACAUGAGCCAGUAUGCAAUACGGGUAGCAAAGCAAGAUGCACUAGCAGGGCUUUCUGAUGCUCUGUCAACACAACGUCCUCUAGCAUCGAAAAAAAGAAUGUACUUCACCAUGACAAGGAUGAGCCAGCACACCAACCACGAAUUUGACGAGUUUAUAACUUUGGGUCAGACAGUUGAUCGAAGAGUUAUUCAACGAGUUAAAGACCUUGCAAGUGAAGGGGUGACAUCUGUUACUUAUGCACAGACAUGCAUCAAGUACUAUGUUGAAGAUGUUCUUUUUGCUGGCAAACCUAAACCAAGCAGUGAUUGCAGAGCAUUUUUUCCCACCAAACAGGACAUUGCAAACUAUAUUCAAACAACCCUUCGAGAAAACAGAGCAAGCAACAUAGACCAAGAAAAUGUCACUCAGUUUGUCAAUGCAUUGAGGGAAUCAGAGAGUGAAUUAAGGGUAUUGUUUCGACCUUAUCAAAAACUUGAUUAUGUUCAACCACACCAGCAGAACUCUUGGCAGAACAAAAAACAGGAGGCUAUGCAAAUUCUAAAUGAAAACACUGAAUCAGUUGGAAGGAAAAGCCCUUCCAGAAGCUCAACAGAGAAAACAGACCUAGAGUUUCAGGGAGAGGAAACUUCCACCAUCCAAGGAUCCUAUCAGGACAAUGUUGAAAUCACACUCCAAAAAGAAUUCGAGACUACUUUAUUAUUCUGUUACCAGUCGCCAUUCAUGGCAGGCUUGCUUGAAAAGUAUGGCUCAAGCGUGGUCUGCCUUGAUGCAACAAACAAAACAACGGACUACCUUCUCCCUCUUUUUUUCAUUGUCGUCAAGACAGCUAUCAGCUACAUGAUAGCAGGUGCCUUCAUAGUGCAAUUUGAAACAAGUGCUUGCAUUGCUGAAGCGUUGCAGGUAUUCAAGCAAUGGUGCCCAAUGUUUUCCCCACAAUACUGGAUGGUGGACUACAGUGAUGCAGAAAUUUCUGCCAUCAACUCAGUGUUCCCAAAAAGUGCAGUUAUGCUCUGUGAUUUCCACCGUGAACAGGCAUGGGACAGAUGGCUGCGGCGGAAAGAGAAUGGUGUCAUCAACCGUGAGGGAGCACUUUCUCAUUUGAGAAAGCUUGCACAUGCAACGACUCGAGAGGAGUUUGAGAAAGCGUACAAGGAUUUAUCUUCUUCGUGCUACUGGACAAACCACAAGUUUAGAAGGUACAUUGAAACCGAAUGGCUACCAGUAUCGGAAAAGUGGGUGAGGCUCCAUCGACUUGCCUUUGAUACUGUAAUCACAACCAAUAACGGGAUUGAGGCUCAAAGCAGGCUUCUUAAGGAACAUCUAAAAAAGUCUGGCCAUGGGAAAAGGAGCCUCUACGGACUUUUGUGCAUGCUAGUGAGAGACUUUUUCCCCCAAAGGAAGGAAAAAUGCCAAACAGAAAACCGAAAGCGAUCAUCCAAGUAUCGCCUCUACCAUGAGCAUGUUCCAGAGUUCCUCCAUAACAGACCACCAAAAGUUGCAACACAUAUCAUGAACCGGAUGCUGACAGCUGAAGAUUACAUGCAAAAUGACGUGAAGGUGCUCAUGGAUGGGAACUUCUCAGUCAAGUCAAGUGAUCCUACUGUAUGUCACACUGUGAACUUUGCAAUACCAUCAUGUACAUGCCUGGAUUUUAAAACGCAUAACCUCCCAUGUAAGUACUUCUGUGUUGUAUUCAGGCUGUUUCCAGGAGAAUGGGGCUUUGAAAAGUUGCCUGAUGGUUACCGAAAUGGACCUCAUCUUACUCUGGACAGUAUCAACACGUGUGCAACGGUGGCAGCAAACGUGAUUUAUUCCACAGAAGUCGAGGCACAAGCAGAUGGUGAAACUGAGGCAAUCGCAGACAGCAGAUCAGCGUCUGAGUUAUUGACCCUGCCAUCCAGAAGCAACAUGAGCAUCGCUAUAAUGCGAAGAACAUGCAGAGAAAAAAUGGAUAGAUUGAGGUCUUUAACAUUUUACUGCACAGAUCCUAAAAUAUUAGAAGAGGUGGGCAACCUCCUCGACAGAGUACAAGACCUUCUUACAAGUAGCACUCCAUCAACAAGUGGUGUUGUAACAAGGGCAUCACCAACAAAAGGAUGUUCUGGAACAUCAACAAAGAAGCGCAAAAUUAAUAAAAGUGUUCAACUUCUCGCACUUGCACGGCGGCGUGCAAGGCUGCAAAGUAGUACGAUGAGACAUAGGGUUGGACAGCGUGCUGAUAUUUUGCGUCACACAGUUAAUGUGCCACUACCACUAUGAGAAAAGUUUUUUAGCUAAUUCAUGUGACUUGUGCACAUAUGUUACAAUGCACUAUCUGUUAGCAUCUAUAAUUUUCUUGUAAUGUAGGAAAAUGUGUAAAACUAUGGCAUUUACAUUUUCUUGCUAUGUGGAACACAACACAGUUGUACUACACUCAUUUCAGCUAAACAAUCCAGCUGACCCUCCAAACAAUAAUCUAGAUCUGAUAUUGGAAUGCUAGAAAUAUUAGCAGAUGAGCAGCAAUACCAAGGUUUUCCAUGAAUAUUGCAAAGAAAAUGCCUCUUCAAAAACUUUGAAGUGCGAACUUGUGGACCAGGGUUUCACUAUAUAAAUAUUUAUCCAUAAAAUUAUAAUGGCUUCAUAUGUACGCCAUGAACACUGUCCAUGUCCGUCCCUGUCCCUUGUGUGUUCUCUUUAAUAAUGUUCUGUGUCAACCAACAUGCUCUAUACCUUCUUUGCCAUCUGGAAAGCAGCUGGAAUAAAUACAGUUGGAAGCCUAUAAACCAUUUUCUCAUGGACACUGCCAUACUGAAAGAGCUGCACCGUCGUGCCUCAGGAACAUGCUGCACAAACCACAAAGAACACACCAGCCCUGUGCUUCCUCUGAUAUGCAUGCACUUUCCUCCCUCUAGCUUUUGCUGGCUCCAAAAGUGCUGGGUGGAGGCUAGCUGGAAAAUGGUGUAUAGACACAUUUUACAUUCUUCCAUAAAUGAAAAACCUUCCUGCACACAAUUCGCUUGUGCACUUCAUCCUUGAGUCUCACACAGUAAAGGGUAACCACCAAUGUUCACAGGAAAUCAACCGGUUUCAUUUUCAAUAAAUAUUGCAUACUUUUUUGCUCUCCCUCUGCCUACCUCAAAUAUGUCUUCUGUUCCUAUCUUGGCCAUGAUCAACUAUCUCUCUGAAUGUUUUUUUUUUGUUCAGCCUACAUGUUCGUAAACUUUACAAUGAAUCCAUAUUAACAAAAGAAAAGAAAACGAGACUAGGAACUACGAAACAGAAACACACAACAAAGUCUCAAACACAGCUGAAGAUCUGUUUCUGUUUCGUAGUCUCGGGGUUUGUAUUAAUAUGGAUUUAAAUCACCAGCUCGCUUGCUUUUAGCCAUUCUCUCGUUACAAUCAAUGUUUCCUGAGAAGCUGAUUCCAUGCUUUGUCGCCGGUUGUUUCCUUUUUCAUAACUGA